AUGGAGAUAAUCGAGGAGCUGGAGGAGAUUGAGUUCAUUACGAACAAUGAAGAGUUGGAGGAGGAGUACAUGAUGAAUAACGAGUACAUGAUGAAUAACGAAGAGAUGGAGGAGAUGGAGUUCAGUAUGAACAAUGAAGAGCUGGAGGAGGAGUACAUGAUGAAUAACGAGUACAUGAUGAAUAACGAAGAGAUGGAGGAGAUGGAGUUCAGUAUGAACAAUGAAGAGACGGAGGAGACGGAUUCAAGCCCUUGUUUUCCUGAAACAAUCACAGAAACUCUUGAAGAAACGACACAUGCCGGAGAAUCAGGUGUUCCCACCAGAAAUAAAAAAAAUCUCACAAAUGAACAACGUCUAAGUAUUUUUCAUUUCUUAUUGAAAGAGAGUAACAACGGAAGAGUGCGAAAAGGCUCGGUUCCAAUGGCAGCGCAACUAUUUUCAGUAUCAGAGUCUACAGUAAAACGUAUAUGGAAACGAGGAAAAGAUUGUAAAGCAAAGGAUUUACCUUUUGACGCGUCUUCACGAAAACCAACCAGAGUUGGUCCUAAACCCAGUAAGGUUGAUUUAAGCAAGAUUAUGGAAAUACCAUUGCGACAACGUACUAGCAUAAGGUCCAUUGCCGAAGCUCUGAAUAUGCCCAACUCAACUGUACAUAGAUACGUCAAGAAAGGAGCAAUUAAAAAACACACGAACGCAAUAAAACCAGCCUUCACAUUAGACACCAAGAAAACACGGUUAGAAUUCUGUUUGGGAAUGCUUGAGCUUAACCCUUACAAGGAUAAUAUAAUGGUCAAGGCCAAUUAUGAUGUUAUACAUAUAGAUGAGAAGUGGUUCUUCAUGACAAAAGCAACAGAGAAUUACUACCUUCAUCCGGAAGAAACCGAACCAUAUCGUACAUGUCAAAGUAAAAGGUAUAUUUCCUUUUGUAACAAAGGAGGCAGCAAAGCAACGAGCAAAAAUCGUCCGGCUGGAACACUCGAAGAUAAACCAAUUGAAUCAUUGAACAAAGACGUUACAAGAUCUUGUUUGAUUAAGAAAUUAUUACCAGCCAUUCGGGAAAAGUGGCCAAACUAUAAUGGGGAAACUAUCUACAUCCAACAAGAUAAUGUGAAACCACAUAUUAAAGUGGAUGAUGAAGAAUUUUUAAAAGAAGCCGCAAAAGAAGGUUUUUAUAUUAGGUUGAGAUUCCAACCUUCACAAAGUCCCGACAUGAACGUUCUUGAUCUAGGGUUUUUCAGGUCUAUACAAUCGUUACAGCACAGAGAGGCGCCUACUACUGUUGGCGAACUUUUAUCGGCUGUGGAUAAAGCAUUUAAUGAAUUAUCGGCACAAGCUCUGAAUGACGUAUUCCUCUCAUUGCAACUAUGCAUGGUAGAGGUUCUAAAGCUUCAUGGAGGAAAAAAUUAUAAAUUGCAGCAUAUAGGGAAAAAAAACUUGCACGCAUUGGUGAACUUCCUACUCAAAUCGAAGUGGAUAAGAAUAUGGUGA